UCUCUCUCUCUCUCCUAAAAACCUCAUUCUUAUCUCUGAAAAAAAGAAAAAGAAAAAAAGAAACCACACCAUAAGUCCAUAAUCAUAUACAUGUAGCUGAAAUCCCAUCAAUUUCUGAGUCCACAGAAUUCAGCUAUUUCCCUUAGCUCAAAAGAUAAAAGAAAAGAAAAAAAAUGAAGAGAGACCAAACGAUGCCGUAUGAGCAACUGGAAGAUUCAUUUUCAGGUGGUUGUAGCUCCGCCGCCGGUUGUUCCGAAAAAGGAAAUAUGUGGGAGGAAGAUGGAGGAGUUGAUGAUGAGCUGCUUGCUGUUUUGGGUUACAAAGUGAAGGCAUCAGACAUGGCUGAAGUAGCUCAGAAACUUGAACAGCUUGAGAAAGUUAUGGGUAGUGUUGAACAAGAUAAUCUUUCAUUUCUUGCUUCUGAAACUGUUCAUUAUAACCCUUCAGAUCUCUCAUCUUGGCUUGAAUCUAUGAUCUCUGAACUCAAUCCGCAAGACCCUUUUUCCAAUUCCUUCACAACUCAAACAACAAAUCAAGUUUAUGAGGAUUCCUCCUCCUUCGAUUCAGAUCUAACAGCUAUUCCAGGUAAAGCCGUUUUUCCCCAAAUUGAAUAUUCAACUCAUGAGCCGCAGCAGCCACAGAGCAAACGAUUCAAACCCACUACAACAACUGAGUUAUCGUCGUCAAUUUCCACACGGCCGGCUGAGUCAACUCGGCCGGUGGUGCUUGUUGACUCGCAAGACAACGGCGUUCGGCUCGUCCACACAUUAAUGGCAUGUGCAGAAGCAAUUCAACAGGAGAAGAUGAAAUUAGCUGAAGCUCUGUUGAAGCAAAUUGGAUUCUUAGCUGUAUCACAAGCUGGGGCAAUGGGAAAAGUCGCGACGUAUUUCGCUGAAGCUCUGGCAAGGAAAGUUUACAGAUUGUACCCUUCAAACCCUAAUGAUCCUGCCUUUACCGACCUUCUACAGAUGCACUUUUACGAGACUUGCCCUUACCUUAAAUUCGCUCAUUUCACUGCAAAUCAAGCGAUUCUUGAAGCUUUUGCUAACAAGAACAAAGUCCAUGUGAUUGAUUUCAGUAUGAAACAAGGUAUGCAAUGGCCUGCUCUGUUACAAGCCUUAGCGUUAAGGCCAGGUGGUGCACCGACUUUCAGAUUAACUGGAAUUGGUCCGCCAUCCCAAGAUAACACAGACCAUUUGCAACAAAUUGGUUGGAAAUUAGCUCAAUUGGCAGAAUCAAUCAAUGUUGAAUUCGAGUUUAGGGGAUUUGUUGCCAACUCUUUAGCUGAUCUUGAUGCGUCCAUGUUCGAUAUCCGUGAAGGCGAAACUGUUGCAGUGAAUUCCAUGUUCGAAUUGCAUCAGUUGCUAGCUAGGCCUGGAGGUAUAGAGAAGGUGUUGUCAUUUGUUAAGGACUUGAAACCUGAGAUUUUCACUAUCGUCGAGCAAGAAGCUAAUCACAAUGGACCGGUUUUCAUGGACCGGUUCACGGAGUCAUUGCAUUAUUACUCAACCCUUUUUGACUCGUUGGAGGGUUGCGGCGGCGGUGGUGAAUUAGGGCCGGUGAGUGACCAAGAUAAGUUGAUGUCGGAGGUGUAUCUAGGGCGGCAAAUCUGCAAUUUGGUGUCCUGUGAGGGUGUAGACCGAGUUGAGAGGCACGAGACAUUGGCUCAGUGGAGAACCCGGUUUAACUCGGCCGGUUUCGAGCCGGUUCUUUUAGGUUCUAAUGCAUUUAAACAAGCAAGUAUGUUACUAGCUUUGUUUGCUGGUGGUGGUGGAUACAGAGUGGAAGAAAAUAAUGGUUGUUUGAUGUUGGGUUGGCAUACAAGGCCCCUAAUUGCUACCUCUGCUUGGAAACUCAGUAGUUAACUCACUGAGUCGUAAGUUGGCUCGGUUCCUUUUUCUUUUUUACAAAUUUUUAGCGACUUUCUUUUAAUCUUCUCUUUUACUAGGUCUUGAGAUCUGUUUUAUUAAAUAUAUUUUGGUUUUUGGUGGAUCGAAUCUUGUAAUUUUCAUGAUGAAUCUGAACUGUUCAAUGUGUAUUUACAUAUGAAAAAAAGACUCUUGAGUGUGGAGUUUAACAAUUACAACAUCUGAUAAGUUUGAGUGACAUCUUUUCAGAUGGAGAGUGAUGAAGUAAAGUUAUACUA